UGCGGAGCAGAUGAUGAGAGCCGCUGAUUUUUUUUUCUCCCACUGGAACAAAUUGGAUUAUGAUUUAUUGGAGGUUUCUUGCCUUUUUUUGGAUCAACUGUGGGCAAUGGGGUUGUGUAUAUGGAGGUUUUAUAUUGGUUGAACUAAAUGGACUAGUUUAUUUUUUUAACUUGACUAGUGACACAAUCACUAUCAGUAAAGUCAUAAGUGGAUUAUUAAAUUACACAAUUCGAUUGGCUAAUUUGAACUCCUUUAUGUAAAAAGUUUACUUUGAAAGUUGUAAUUGUAAGGUCAGGCCUACUUUUUGUUCAUUUCAGAUCUGAAUUCCAAUGUAAACCCCAUGGCCACUCUGAACCAGUCGGAGGUCCUGGAGUUCACCCUCACUGGUUUCCCGGGUCUUCCAGAACAAUUCUACUCUUUAGUCUCCAUAUCAUUCUUUCUAAUAUAUAACAUUUCUCUCUACGCCAAUUUAAUUGUGGUGGUGUUACUUUUACUAAGGCGGCAUCUCCACCAGCCCAUGUAUGUCAUUAUUGGAAACUUGUCCGUUUCUGACCUAAUUUUUGACACGUUGACCUUGCCAAAAAUCAUCGCCAAGUAUUGGUCUGGAGACGGCUCCUUGUCCUACACUGCAUGUUUUAUACAAAUGUUUUUUGUCCAUUUUCUGGGAACUCUUGAUUCCUACAUUGUUAUGGUGAUGGCCAUUGACCGAUAUAUUGCCAUCUGUAAACCUCUCCGAUACCAUUCUAUUAUGAGCAACAGAUUGGUGGCCAUCAUCUGCCUCGUCUUCUGGAUCUUUGCAGCAGCCAUUGGUUUGUCUGUCAUAACGUCGGGUCUGAUGCUCCCUUUCCGUGGCACCAACAGAGUCAAGAACUGUUUUUGCUCUUUCAACCCAGUGGCUGUUUUAUCUUACGUAGAUUCAGCUUCAUCCAGGAGUACAAGGUUUGUUGUUGCCGUGUUAUCACAUCUGUGUCCAUUGUCCUUCAUCGUCUACUCCUACAUCAUAAUAAUCCAGAAGAUCUGCUCUUCAGGCCGGACGGAGAACUGGCGGAAGGCCUUUUACACAUGUACCACUCAUUGGUUGGUUAUUGGGUUGUAUUUCAUCCCUCGACUGGCAGUCCACACAUAUAACCAGCUACAACUAACCCCCAAUGCCGAUCUUGAUGUCUUUCUGAUUUGUCUGUACACUUUUGUUCCACAUUUCACCAGCCCCAUCAUAUUCUGUCUGAGGACCAAGGAAAUAAAGACAACUUUUGGCAAAGUAUUCAAAUGUAACAUUAGUAAUUACAAAUAUUAA